GGAAUGUGUAGGCAAUCGAUCCAGUGUCAGGAAAUUUCGAAGCUAUGGUGGAAGCAGGAUCCAUGAGGGAGGGUACCGGAAAUCUCGAGCAAUUGGACAAGGAAGUUUUGCAAUGUCUGGAUUCGGUGCAUCUGCUUCUGGAACGCCGCGAAAUUUUGCAUCAAACUUUGCGCCAGGGAUGGAUGGAACUUACCAGUGCCCGAUAUACCAUGGGACCCGCUCGCAUCAGCUCUCCACUUUUCAGCCUCAAGCCACAUGCCCCGUCGGCUGUUGUCGAUGUGAGGGGAGCACAUGUGGAUUCUACAGAGAAAAUUGGUGUCCCGGAGCUCGAAGAAGAGAUUGCUCAAGUGGUGAUUACAGGUCCGGUAGCGUUUCAUUUGGUAAGAAACCGCGAGGAGAAGGAAGAAAAGCCUUCUGUUACGAAGUUGAGUGACUUGACGAUCAGUGAGAAGAAAAAUCCGGCAAAACUCCGACGACGUCUCACUUCGACAGCAAGUGAAAUUGAACAGGAUGAGCGGAAGGAUCGAUGGGAAAUCAAGAAUCUUACCGACGACUCUGCAACGGAAUCUGAUGACGAGUUGACUAUUGCGGAGGGCUCGAAGGACACCACCCAACCUCUCCAUUGGUUCGGAGCCCUCGUAUCUCCGCACUUGCGGUCCGCACAGAGUAACUUCUCUAAAGCUCUGGAUAUAGUGGUGGAGCUAUUGAACGCACAAAGCGAAGCUGCGCACGCACACGGCAACGUAAUGAGUCUUCGAAGGGCAGCGACGGAGAAUUGAGGUCAUGACGGAAUCGUCAGUCACCUGGUCGGAAGAUUGGGGUCGAAGGGCGGGCUCGAUAUCAGCAUGUAGGCUGUAUUCUUUACAGUAAUCAUUCGAAUAAGACAAGAUUUUGGGGGUCAGAGGCGCACGCUGCAUCUGGGUUGCGCAAGGACAUGAUUAUUGUUUGAUCUCAGAGGCGGCUGUUUACUUCUGAGGUUGUGUUUAGCUCGACCCCGACCACAGGAGAGAGUAUUUAUUGUAAAUAUCAUACAUGAGGUUUUCAUAGAAUGUUCAUUUUCUUGGAUUAUGAGGUAGAAAUAACAAGCGGAUCCAUCACAUAUCUGGAAUUCUCUGACAUGCAUGUGGCUCUUCUUACUUGCAUUGUUGUUACCUUUCUCUAUUACACAGCGAUUUCAAACUUGGAAGUUUAAGUGCUGGGGAGAGUGGUUCACGAAUCAGACAUAGGAAAUUACAGAAAUUGAAAAUGCUCGCAACCUUUUUGAAUAAAAUGAUUCCCUCUUGUGAGCAGCGUUCAACGCAAUUUAGAUCUGGAGCCAAUAUCUGCAGUUCAGACUGUAGCAUUGGGAUUGCAUCUGAGCCCUGUGGUGUGGUGCGAAGGGAUGAUGUAACUGUGAAAAUGGAUUGAUCGGGCUAUUUAUUCAACUUGAAAUCCAUAGUCACAAGU